AUGGAAAAUAUUCCUCCCACCUUGAAUAUAAACCAUACUUCUUCAAGCUCUAUCCAACUAGUGAAUGGAAUUGCAUUGAAUUCUUAUCCAAUACUUGACUAUACAAUUACUUCUACAGUUUCAUCAUCUGUCCCAGUAUAUCCAUCUUCGCUAUUUGUUUAUUUCACUCCAUUACAUCUAGAUAUAUUCACUUUGACAACGAUGCCAAUGUACACAAUUUUUUUAAAUCAGAUUGUGAACAGUACACCCGGAGUGUUUCAUCAAGUAUUGGAUUUCUCUUCAACAUCAACAGUUUUCAAUUAUUCAUCUAAUUAUCAGCAGUUUUAUAACUGUAAUUAUUCAACAAAUUUUCUUCAAAACCAUCGACAACUAUUACACCAGUAUCAACAACAGAAUUUAAGACAUCGAAACUAUUCAAAGCCGAUAAUGACUUCAUCAGUGAUGAAUAAUACAACAAAUUCAGGUAAACAUAUUGCUAACAAAAGAAAUCUCAAGUAUACAAAUAAUAUUUUAUACAAAACUGAAUUAUGUCUUGAUUUUUCAACUCAUCAAUGUUGUCCACGUGGUGAAUUUGUCAAUUUGCACAUGGUUCAUGGGAGUUAA